AUGCAGUCAAUCGAUCUUCGAGGCAGACAAGGAGCUUCUGGAACGUCAGCAAGAGCUACGGACCCCUUUUCGAGACCCGCGGAACCUCCCUCAAUGUUACCGAACGACCCAGGCACUCAAACUACCCUCGACGAACCAAACGAAGACGCGUCGGACCUCGAUUUUGACCUCGAUUCACUACCGUAUUCGAAGCCAGAGAGUCACACAAGGGCUAGAUUAAUUAUCGAGGACUUCCUGGACAUAAAGAGUAAAGGAUUAAGAGACCACGAGCUUUGGUCUUUAUUCCGACACGCGUUUGCUAGAUGGGGCGCGGACGAGUUCUUUUUGGCCGCCAAACAAGCACACGGCCGAGGGAAUAAGUUUACGCUGCUUAUUAGGCUAAGGGAUCACUUAAUGUCUAAGGGAGUUUGGUGCCUCCCAAGGCAAAAAGGCUACGCCAAUGGACUAGCCUCAAUCAUCCAAAUAGAGAAGGAGCACCAAUGGACCUGGGAAGAACAGCGAGAGCAAUCAAUCGAGGGAUUUGAUUCUAGGUGGAACGAUAUUACUAUUGCACGCCUUAAUCGACAAACUGAGGAAGUCGCUAAAAUCCAAGGGAAGCAGGUCGAAAGGUUUCCUAAUCAAUCAGGCCUUAUUCGUCUCACUAAAAUUAUCGACGAACCUCUACUUUCACCUCCACCUCCAACUCCAAAUUCGCUUCGCCAAUCACUCCGAGAAGAAUACGAAGAGCUCCGACGCCAAAAAGACGCUAUUGCGCGAGACCUCGAUGAUCUACGCAAUUUGACAAUUACGAGGGACGUGCAACAGCGUAAAGAGAGAAUCGAGGAGGCUACAAGGCAUAAAGAGGAGCUCGAGGCAGCUAAGGCAGCAAGGCAAUCGUCAUCAAAGCGAAGUUCUCGCGAUUCACUUCCUUCUCCCGUUCCUUUACUACUCCAGCCAGCGAUUUUGUCACCGAAGGAACACGCCAGAGAAUACGACGAGCCUCCUAAAGUUGACGCCAGAGAGUACGACGAGCCUCCUAAAGUUAAAGAGAUUCCGGGCAAAUUUUACUCUUACCAAGGACAACGUGAGGAUCUUCGAUUUGAUCCUGCUAGCGACCCUAGCGAUCCAGAUAGCUCGGACGGUGAUCCAGAAGGAGGGAAUAGAGGGGGAAGCGAGUGGAAUGGGCACGGAGGAAGAGGAGGAGGACACGGUGGCCCGAUAAGGGGACAAGAAAAUGAGCCGCCAAGGGACCCUGGACGAGGAUACGAGCCCUCCGGCGGACCUGGGCCAAACCGACCCCUUACUAGCAACCUUUUUUCGACCCGAGUACUAGCCAGGCACAGCACACCUGCGUACGGCACCCCAGGCGACCUUGACGACGGAGAUGACUUCCUUGAGCUCGGAACAGCAAACCCACACCCGAGGGCGAAGGAAUUAGCUCUAUUUGCAAGGAGUUUUCUUAAGGAAUUGAAAUAUUCAGGUCUUAAGAACGACUUCAAUACUCGGCUUAGGAUUUUUGCCGAUCACGCGUGCCGAUACGGGUUGACAACCGAUGAUUACUUAGCUGCUUUCUCGAUUAUGCUCGCCGGGGAAGCAAUUGGGUUUUAUUACAACUACGUGAUCAAAGCUCAGCUACCUACUUUUAAAGCAAACGCUAUUGCAGUGAGGGACCAUUUUGAGACUGACCAACGGCGGCAAGCUAAUUACGACCGUUGGGAGGAAAUCUCACUGGAAUUGAUUCGAAAGGAAAAUCUAGCUAAUUCGUUAGCUGAAUGCUUUGAAAAGCUCGAAAGGGAGUUGAGAAUAGUGCAAAGAGCUCUCCGUCCAGGUCUGAGGGACGAUAAGAGUCUCGCUGACAAGCUGUAUUCAGCUUGUAAAAACGUGCCAGAGACGACUAUUGCGCGGAUGAACCCCGCAAUCACUUCUACCGCCGCAAUUGCUGAUAUUCGCCGAGCAAUUGCUUUUGCAACUGAGAUCAUUCAACCUUUUCCUGAGAAUAAGAGCUUACGACCUCCCGCCAAAGCAAGCAGAGCUUACGCGAGCUCUAGCGAGCCAUUUUCUCAGCACUCCUCUCAGCACUCCUCUCAGCACUCUCUUCAGCACUCUCUUCAGCACUCCUCUCAGCAUACCUUAAGCAAGGCUGAUUCCGACGACCUUGAGGACGAGUACGAGUGCUUUAUUCAAGGCUGCCAAUACGGAGGGGAGCACUGCGAGCACUUCGCAAGGUGA